CAAAUUUUCAUAGCAGAAGUGUCUUUUCGGAAAAUUUAAUCGCCGUUGAGCUACGUAAACUCGAGGUGAAAUUCAACAAGCCGAUCUAUGUGGGUAUGUGUAUCUUUGACAUAUCCAUGACCUGCUUGUUCGAAUUUCAUCACGAGUACAUGUCUCCCCUGUAUCAGAACAGAUGUAAAGUAAUGUACACCGAUACUGAUAGUUUAAUCUACCAUAUCCAAUGCGAUGAUAUUUUCGAGCACAUGAAACGCGAUAUUUCUAAGUUUGAUACGAGUGAUUAUCCCGCUGAUAACGCGUACGGUAUACCGCUUGCCAACAAGGAGGUGCCGGGUCUGAUGAAAGAUGAAAAUAACGGAGCGCUUAUGACGGAAUUCGUCGGACUCAGAGCAAAGAUGUACGCGCUAAAGGUAGAAAGCAAAAAGGACACGAAGAAGGCGAAAGGUGUCAAGACCAACGUCGUAGCGCGAACUAUAACGUUUGAUGAUUAUAUGCAGUGUCUGAGAGACGAGGUCGAAAAGCAACGUCGUCAGUCAUGCAUACGAUCCAAAAUGCACAAAGUCUACACCAUGUCCGAACUGAAAACUGCUCUGAGUCCGUAUGAUGACAAGCAGUAUAUUGUACCAGACUCAACAGACACUUUACCAUGGGGACAUUACAGGAUACAAUUGUAA